AUGAAUGCUGAAUUGCUGAAAGCUGUGCUGCUAAAUGAUCUAAGGUUAUUGCAAGGGUGCAUAGAGAAGGGCAUUGAUGUUAAUGAAGUGGAUGAGAAUGGAACUUCACCGUUACAUUUAGCAAGCUUUUAUGGAUAUCAUCCAAUCGUGAACGCGCUCAUUGAUGCACGUGCAAGAGUCGAUGCACGUGAUCGGGAGUGGUUUACACCACUUCAGAGGGCUUGUUUUCAUAAUCACCCAAAUACAGUGAAAAUAUUGAUCAACCGUGGUGCAAAGCCAAACAGUGCAACCAGACAGUUCAUGACAUCGUUGCAUAUAUGUGCACAAGUAAAUGCAUUGAGUUGUGCUGAAGUGAUCCUUGAUAAUUGUGAUUCGAUUAUUGAUCGUCCAGAUUGGGGUGGUUGUCCACCACUUCAUUACGCAGCGUCUUAUGGAAAUUCUGCUUUUGUCGAGUUUUUAUUGAAGAGAAAUACUAACCCAAGUACUAAAAAUAAGCGAGGUAUGACUGCAGCGCAUUGGGCUGCUCUAAAUGGACAUAGUGAUGUUCUAAAACUACUUUUUAAUAGUGGAACUGAUAUGAGCUUGCAUGAUCAGCAAAUGAGGACGAUCCUACAUUAUGCGGCAAUGUCUGGUGAUAUGGAUUCUGUGACGUUUAUCUUAGAAAAUACAUCAUUACCCAUUAAUAACCAAUGUUCCGCUGGUUACACUCCACUACAUUAUGCUGUAUUGAAUGGCCGUAGCCGAGUUGCUGGGAUAUUGAUCAGUAAUGGAGCUAAUCCUUUCAUUGCAAGUUAUUUCAAUGGAUUUAUACCUCUUCAUAUUGCUGCGGGUUUUACAGAGGGUACCCUAAGUUGUGAUUUAUUGAUUGAAGUAACGCAUGAAAUCGGUUACCAGUCAACUGAUGGUAGUACAGCUUUACAUUUUGCUUGCCAGUAUGGCCGAAUAGCACGAUCGAAAUCACUAAUAGCUAAAGACAUACCGGUUAAUGCAGCGACUAUUCAGGGUGUUACUCCACUUCAUAUGGCAUCCAGACAUGGCCAUGAUCUUAUUGUCAAGCAUCUUCUGGGUGCUGGAGCGGAUUGCAGCUUGAAAACUAAAUCUGGUUUGACUGCUCUCCAUCUUGCUGCAUUUCAUGGUUACGUAGUCGUUGCGCGAACGCUAUGUAUUAGUGGAGCUAAUGUUGCAGAAGUGGAUUGUAUCGGACGGACAGCUUUACACAUGGCUACACAGUCUGCAAGCUCCAAUAGCGAAUUUAUGAUUGAUUAUUUGCUCUCAACUAAUAUCCCGGUAUCAAAAGUAGAUUGCAAGGGUUGUUCUGCAUUACAUUAUGCUGCUCGAAGCGGCUUUUUCCAAGCCAUCCAAAAAUUGUUGGCUGCAGGUGCUUGUGCAAAUGAACAAGAUCAACUGGGAUAUACACCAUUGCAUUAUGCUGUGCAGUCACCUUCAGAUCUCGCAUUAGUUAGUGCUAAAAUAUUGUUACGUGCUGAUAAUACAGUUAUACAAGUCAGGGACAAAUCAGGUUUUCUUCCAGUUCAUCAUGCGGUUAAAACUGGUAACUUAGAAACAGUCUUAUUUUUAAUAGACGCAAUGUCCGAUGCCACUGUUCCAUCGUCCUGUCAUCCAUACCAUCUUACGCUUUACCAUAUAGCAGCUCGUUAUAAUCAUGCUCAACUAUUACAAAAGCUAUUAGCUUUCUAUCAUGCACGUUCAAUGACGCUUGAUAAGGAACAAACAGCGAAAAUUAGUAAUACUAUAGGCCUCGAAAUGGAUUCACUGGAACGAAUUCCCAUUCAUUAUGCUAUGUCAGGCGGUUACCAGCGCUGUGUAGAUAUCCUUUUGCGAACAGCAAUUAGGAAACGUGCAUUGUUGCGGAAAGACUGUUUUGGUAUAACACCGUUGCAUGCUGCAGCUGCAUGUGGAAGGACUGUUUGCAUUUCUCUUGCUGUAGAAUUGCUCAGGGAAAAAGAUAUCAACGUUUUGGAUUCUUCAUUAAGGACACCUAUUAUGUUUGCGAUUUCAAAUGGUUUUUUGGAUUGUUUCCUUACAUUGUUACCAAAAAGUGAUGUAAAAUUAUUCGAUAAAAAUGGUCGUGGUUUAAUGCAUCGAGCUUGUAGUCUACGGAAUGAACUUUUAUGCAAGGAAUUGGUAAAUAAGGGUGCUGAUUUCAAGUCAGCCGAUUGCAACGGUGUUACGCCAUUUCAUAUUGCCGCAAGAUCAGGUGAUUCAGCAAUUGUCAAUUAUUUGCUAGCUAAUGGUGUGGAGGAAACAGCUGAUUCUACUGGAUUAACGGCUUUUGAUUGGGCAGCUAUGGAAGGUAAUGAAUGCGUUCUACAUAUUCUUCACGGUGUCAACAAGGAUGCGAAUAGGAGUAUGGCCACAAUAUUGGCAGCAUCCCGUGGACACGUUGAGGCGUGUCAGUUCUUAUUACAAAUGAAUAUGGAGUACGCAAAUGCAACCGAUGUUCGUGGUCGUACAGCGUUGCAUCAUGCAGCACGACAGGGUUAUACAAAAGUCGUUUCCACGCUACUCAUUGCUGGAGCCAAUCCUUCGGCUUUAGAUGUCUUUCACAUAAGUCCACUGAUGGCAGCAGCUAGUUGCAGUGAUCCCGGUUAUGCAUUGGAAAUUAUCGGUUUGUUAAUUGAACAGACUGCAUUCUUGGAGGCAAUCGACAUAGCUGGUAAUACGGUUUUCCAUCAUGCAUGCAUGGCUGGUAAUGAGAUGGAAGCAGUAUAUUUGCUGAAUCAUAUAAAACCGGUUCCUGCUAAUGGGCAUGCAGAACACAUUAUCAAUUAUCAAAAUACUCAUGGGCAGACUGUUCUGCAUUUGGCUUGUAAAGCAGGAAUGAUCACACUCAUUCGUAAUGUAUUAAGAAUUUCGUCUUAUUCUUUAUCACUAAUGGAUGACAAAGGGCGCAUACCAUUAGUUGCAGCAAUUGAAAAUGAAGCUGUAAUUGACUGCAUGUUAUGCAUGUUGGAUACAUUUGUUGGAGCCGUGAAUAAAAAUGGUUUUUUGGCAACAGUUCGUCGGUUCCGGAAAGCUGAAUGCGCUGAUUCACAUUUUUGUCUUCCAUCAUGCAUGGAAGAAGCGAAGGUUGAAGUAGAAGAAGCGGAAGUUGAAGCAGAAGGCGAUUUCUAUUGA